AGAAAGAGAGAUUCAACGCACUUGCGGGAAAUUCUGCUAUUUUGAUCAGUUUCACUGAAAGUUUGUAAAAACUGCAAACAUACCACAUUUACUGGAUAAUUUUCAACGCGUUAAUAAAACAAAAAUGUUCUUUUCACUACUACAGACUUUAAUCUGCGUCUUGCUAGUGAAUGGCGGUCUAUACGCCAUGCAUUUAACGGGCACGAGUAAUAGCAAGGGCUUGGGUGGAGGUGGUAAUAUGGGUGGCGGUGGCGGUGGCGGUGGCGUCGGUUCAUUGAUUUUAUCGCAAAGUCACGUCUCGCCUUCUUCCUCCUUAACAAACUCUAAUAAAAAACCCAUUUCCAAUUCCAAUUCAGCAGCGGAAUCGUUACCGAUAGCCGCUUCUUCGCCUUAUGGUAACACCAAACGCUUAAAUGAAGAAUUAGCCGAUUUAGCUCAAUUGGAACGUGAACGGCUUAUGUUAAUGGGUUUGGCGAAACAGACCGCAGAAAAUACCGGUCAUCAAGGCCGUUCUAUUAUCACUGGACGCGUUAAAAUGCAUCCCGCGGAGGAUGCGCAAGACAGCGAUUACUCAUCUUUCUUAAUGCCAUCAUCUCGGAGUCUAAUGUUUGGAAAUGUUGUGCACUAUCCGCCACAACAUCAAUAUAACGAUAAUCCUGACGAUAUCCUCGAAGAGUAUGUUGAAGGUGACGGUGGUGGCGGUACUUUCGGUCGAAAUCCUUUAAAAUAUGAAUACGGCCGCGUACUGCAACCGGAAGAAAGGGAAUUCGAAAAUCCACAUGAUCUUAAUUUAGAUGAGUUUAUGGAAUUGAAAUCGGUACCCGACGUGGACGACGUCUUACCCGAUUCAUACGAUUACGCUUAUUUAGAUGAACUUUUGGCUGAAGAUAAUAAAGAUAAACUACAUCAUCAUCACCAGCAGCAGGCGCAACCCCACCAUUUCGCACAAUUUCCCGGCUUCAGACAGAAACCAGUGACUCAUUAUUCAUCCUCUGUCUCGUAUAGUUCCCCGAAUGCGUAUCAAAACCGUGAGCAGACUCCAGAAGUACUACAAGAAUUCUUCGAAAAAGAACAACAGCAGCAAGAAGAGACUCAACACAAUCCCUCUCAUUUAAAUCCAAAAUAUCACGAUAAUAUGCGUUUGCAGCACAAAUGGCAGCUGAAACGUGCCCAACAAUUACCCCGUUAUAUAUUUGGUGGGGCCCACGGACGCAUGAAAGAGCCACAACUUGCCCAUAAUCGUUUACAUACACGUUUUCGUCAAUUUCGUAACAAUCAGCCCAUAAAUAAAUUGACUUCGACUAACUCGGACCUUAGCGCCACCACCAGCAAAUUAAAUAUGAAAUUUACCAGUGACAAUGAUGUAAAGAAAGUCGAUAACGCACAAUCCUCAGCACUGAAAGACGACGAUAAGAGCUACAUUGAAAGUAAUGUAAAGGAGGCAUCUCAAGACUCUGCGGCUACAUCUAUUCCUCCGUUGCCAUCCUCCCCGAAUAAUGCGGAUAAGAACAAAUUAAUACAGCAGCAGCAACAGCAACAGCAACAACAACAGCGAUCACACCAGGAACAAAUUUUACCGCAUCCUAAUUACAAGAGAUCUGGUUUAACAGCGGGAUCUGCAAUUAUGCCCCCCCAACCGCCUGGUACUCAUAGUUUAGCUAGCCAGCUUAUGUUGCGCACAGCGCGUGGUCAAAGACAAUACGAUGUUCCACAAAUUGGUAAGUCAUUCGAUAUCAUCUUUAAUGAAAUUUUUAUAUAAAU